CUGAACCCAAUCAGAGCUUCAGAAAUGUUGACGGGUGCUGUUCAACAGAUUGAGGAAGUUUACUUCAACAGUGCCAAAUUCUAAAUAGCUGUGCUGUGGAUGUAGAGUGGUCAACCUGCAAUGGGAAAGUUGAAGGUUGGUAGACAACCUGAUUUUCUGUGUAUCAAAGUGUCCUUGUGCAAGCUACUGAACCCCAUAUUGUUCCACCAGGAGCAUGCCAUCAGUGUGUGAAUGUGUGUGUGCUGUGCACGGGUGAAGGGGACUGUGCCUGUAAAGCGCUUUGGGCCUGUAUCAAGGUAGAAAACAGCCAUAUACGACAUUUAGCAUUUUUUGUAAAUCCCUUUCUUUAAAAUAAAAAAUAAAAAACAAUCUGACGCAACAUUAUUUCUUUUAUAAUGACUAUACACACUGCAAAACUGAAACAAAAGAAUCCAAAUUCAAUACUCCUUCAUGUUGCAACAGUAUGCAUUUACUGGUAACAUUUCCAUAUUGAUUAUCCUGUAAUUUCACAGAAGCACUCAGGUUCUUUUUUCCCCCACAGUUUUUGGAUAUUUACUUGACAAAACUAUAAGAAGUUCAUACGAGACCUGCUUUUUUCUCAUCCCUAUGCUGAAUAUUGCAGCACAAAGUCUGCAGAAGUAAUCCCUUUUGAUGUGGAUGUAAUACGGUAUAGACGUACAUCACUCAAAGCAUUAAUUCUAGUUUAAAUGCAGAAGUUGACGGUGCUGCAAUUACCGCUGGUAUGGAAUUUAUAUGUCAAUGACAGUUUUAAUGACGCUCUGUUCUCCUCUCCAUACCAUUCAUUUGCAUUAGUCUGUUAAAUUGGCUUGUCCCACAGUGUUGGCUAUGUUUACAGAUCAUACUGAUGUAUUUUUCUACCAACUCUUCCAGGCAGACAGUCAAUAUUCCAUUUACAGGUAGGUCUCCACUCUUGACCUGUGUUACGGUGAGCGUCAAACAGAAAUCGUCUCUAAAGUCCAGCCAGCAAAUGCAUAGAAAUUUAAGAAAUAUUACACGGGUUGGAAGAAUUUCCAAACUUGUAUUAAUUUUACUGUUCGUUAGGAAAAAAAGACAACGUCUUAAAUUUGCAUGGGAUUUUUAAAUUCUGCUUCAAAUAAAAUGCUUAAAAAUGAUGGGCAGAAAAUUGGUCGAUUUUGUUGAUUUCCAAAUGUUCACUUAUUAGAAAAUCCCAUCACACUAUAAAAGCCUCAUAUUGUUCUGCUCAUUCAUUCACAUACUGAUAUUUAAUCAAGUGUGAUAAAGAUUUUUUUAACACUAAAUUAACGAUAAAAUUCAUCCUGUAAGCUUCUGGCUUCUCAUGCUUCAGUUUUGACUCAUGUAUUGACAGGACAGUAAAAUGCGCACAAUUACCUUUUUAGAAGGAAUCAGUUGGCGUGGAACGGCCUAAUCAAUUCCCUCAGAUUGAUGCUAUUACAGCAGGAUGAGGUCUAGUCACAGGUUUCCUGUGUCUGACCUAUAAGUGUGAGCAGAACACCUUCUGAGUUUACAACCACUGAGCUCCCUUCCUGCUCAUCAAGGUGCAUCGGUCAAUGAAGAUAGACUCAGCUGUGACUCUCUGUUACAUCAUUUGUUUCCUCUGCAGCCAGACCUAAGUCCAUGUGAGGUGGCGGUGGAAGAAGUGCUGCUCUGUUACUGCCAACACCUGUUCAGGAUCAAAUUCCAUGAUAUGAUCACUUGUCCUGUCCUUUUUCCAGGUCCAUGUUGGAUUUCAUUAGUGUAUACUACCAAUAUUAGUGUAAAGAAACGAUCAAAUAUUUAGAGAAGGUAGUUCCACUGAAAAAAAUACCUGUAACCCUUAUUUGCAUUCUUCCCCUACCUCCUCUGGCAUAAAGAUAAAUGUCGUCUUCUAAAGAUGGCUUUUGGUCUUUUUUUUUUUUAAUCUUGUUUGUUUUAUAGACUUGGCAAUACCUUUUGUGAUGUUGUUGCAAUCUAAAAGAGGAUUUAAAACAUUUUGUUGUGUAUGGUAUUAAUGUGUGGCUGCAUUGGUGCUAGAACUAAAAUGAAACCGAAGCAGGCUGCUUUUGUUGGAGCUCCUUUCAAUAUUUAUCUGGAGCAUGUGCCACUGUGCCUCUUUCCUUUAUAUUAUCAAAAUAUUUGUCUUCUGGUUUCUCUGGGUGAUGAUUGGACGAAAUUCCACAUGCUGGUGGGGCCGCUGUGCAUGAUCCAAGCAGGGAUUGGCUCACAGCUCUGCCACUCAGAGAUAAAAUACUCUGACUUCCUCUGUCCUCUUUUUCCUGGUGCAGCCUUAGAGGGAGGGGAAUGGAUCUUUCCUGUGUGAGUCGCCGGCGCCUCCUCAGCCAGCUUCUUACUACCUGUCCUUGACUGAGUAUGCACACAGACAAGAUUGACAAGAAGCUGCCUUAGCUCACUCUUCCUCUGCCACAUUUCCUCAUGUGUUUGUGUGCACAGCUGCUGUCUUUUUAAAUAUUUCACUCUGGGGAUUGUAUUUUUUCUUCUUCUUCUACCUGUGGUGCUUCUGUGGAGUGCUGAACAUUUGUCCUCAAAGAGUGGAGCUCUGAUGGGAGGCAGUGCUAACUCUGGCUGGGACUGGGGAUGCUGAACGGAGGUAGGGAGGGCCUGUUUGAGCUGGGACAGCAGCUCCAGCAGCAGGGGGAGUACCAGGCUGCCCUCCACUGCUUCCUCAGCUGCCUGUUGGGGUUGACCCACAUCCAGAGCUUCACCUCACUGCCCAACUGCUUACACCAGAUCGCUGAGCUCUUCAUCACCGAAAAGAAUUAUGGGAAAGCGCUGCAGUUCAUUCAAGCUGAGAAGAUGUUCUAUGAGGUGGCGCUGAUCGAGCUCACUGCUCUUCAGGGAAGCACAGCAGCGCCUCAGGAGGAGGCUACACUGGGAUCUGCGAGAUGGACAACCCCAGAGGAACUUUCCGAGCAAGCCUCCCAGGGACAGCACUUGGAGCGCUUGGCUCAGCUGUGCAUCAUGAGCAAACAACCUCAUCUGGCUCUAGAAUACAGCGGUAAGGCUACAAAGAUUCACCAAAGGGCCUUUGGCAAUGACCAUCCAAUCACUGCCAGAAGCUUGGAGCUCAUGGCCACUGUCUAUGCUGAAAUUGGCAAGACAGAAUAUUCAGACUCCUUGGGCCAGUGUGUGUCCGCACUGUCCAAACGCUUCACCACCACAGAGUCGCUCACAGACAACUCCAGCUGUGUUCCCCAUUCGCACCGGCAAAAACACUCAGAGGUUCGGCACAGAAAGGACACCCACCAACAACAAGAGGAGGACACUCUGAAGCCCAAGGUAAACAGCAGUAAAGUCCCCACCUCCAUACUAAAGAGGUCGAGUCCCAGCUGCGUGUCAGAUGCAGAGACCAACCAUAGACGGAAAGGAGAGCGCAGAGUUCGAUUCAGAGAGCCAGAGACCACGGUGCAUGACCUUCCCUCUUGUGAAUAUUUAGGCGCCUAUGAGACAGCAGCAUCCCGCCCCCACUUUGCCCUCUUCACCUGCCUUUUCCUGUUGAUGUCCUGCUUGGGCGUGGCCAUGUACUGCACAGACCGCCGGCGCCCACAGCGAGCAUGUGAGGAGCUGGAAGCUGUGUUGGCUGUGUACCUGCUGCACAUGAAGCAAAUUCUGUGGGGGUGUUGGAUAUGGUUGACCAUGCAGUGACACUGAGCAGGUUGAGGCAUGGACUCCGCCACACACCCACACACACUUUCACCUCCUUUUAUUAGAACUUGUUUUUUUCCUCCGCUUUGAAGGUGCCCAGGCCUUCAAACACCUCAGACAUCUGAUUCUAGAAUCCAUCUUUGCUAUGGCAUAAAUUCUUCAUCCCAGAAAUAUGUAGCUUCCAUGUUUGUGUACAUAUAUACAGAAUAUACUCAUUGGCCACUUUUUAUCGAUCAUCAACUCAAUAAAACAUCAUCAGCUGUAAAGUUUAAACUGUCAUAAUUAAAAGUUGUGCUAAUUAAGCAAUGGAGUAUGGUGCUGCCUUUCCAAAAUUUGUCAUUUUUGGAAACUAUUAGUUCAAAAUAUGAGAAGUCUCCUAUACAAGUUUGAUUUGGGCACCAACUCUACCUUAAAACUAAAACUUUAUUAAAAAUUAUUAACUAUAAAUGCAUGUUUGUUCCAAAUGUAAUCAAUCUGUACCUAUUAAAGUGGCCAUUGAGGGUAUGUAUAUGUUUCCGAUAUAUGUAAAACAGUGGUAAGCAUGCUGCUCCGUUUGUCUGCUCACAUGUAACCUCUGCAUAUUUACCCAGCCAUGAGGCGUUUGACUUCAGGUCUCAGUCUGUUGGAAUGGAAUGCAAACAUUCAUUUUGUACUACGGUUUUGUGUACAUCUAAUAUUACACUGAAUGUGGCCCAAUAUACUAUAAGGACUCUCACUAUCAGUAUUUAGCCUUGUAAUUGCACAGAAAUGAAUGUAUAGACGUCUGGAAAAA